AUGCGUGUCAAAGAAUUCACAUUUGAUUUCUCUUUCUGGUCUGCUGCCAAAUCUGACACAAACUAUGCCUGCCAAGAACAUGUGUUCAAAUCUCUUGGCUAUGAUGUCGUCAGUUCAGCCUAUGAUGGCUACAAUGCGUGUGUAUUUGCUUAUGGCCAGACAGGAUCUGGAAAAAGUUAUACCAUGAUGGGUAAUCCGGGUGAUACUGGCCUUAUCCCACGAAUCUGUAAGGAAUUGUUUUCUCGUAUGGUGGAAGGCAAUGCAAGUUAUCGUAUUGAAGUCAGCUAUUUGGAAAUCUACAAUGAAAAAGUACGUGACUUAUUACAGAAAUCACCUGGUGGUGGUAAGACGAUGCACACACUUCGGGUUCGAGAACACCCAAAAGAAGGGCCUUAUGUUCAAGAUCUUUCAAAACAUUUUGUAAGCAACUAUGAGGAUAUCAAAGAAUUAAUGGACUGUGGAAACAUAAAUCGGACGACAGCAGCAACCAAUAUGAAUGAUGUGAGCAGUCGGUCUCAUGCCAUAUUUACUAUUCUUUUCACUCAGGCAAAAUUUGUGAAGGACAUGCCCAGUGAAAUUCACAGCAAGAUUCAUUUGGUUGAUUUAGCUGGAAGUGAGCGAGCAGAUGCUACUGGAGCUACAGGACAACGUCUUAAGGAAGGUGCCAGUAUCAAUAAAUCUCUUGUGACACUUGGCAAUGUUAUAUCUGUCCUUGCGGAAAUGCCCGAAAAACGAGGCAAAAAUACCUUCAUUCCUUAUCGGGACUCUGUCCUGACUUGGUUACUCAAAGACAGUCUGGGAGGAAAUGCUCGGACUAUUAUGGUGGCCACAAUCUCUCCAGCAGAUGUUAAUUAUGGAGAGACACUUAGCACCUUGCGAUAUGCCAAUCGAGCCAAAAACAUCAUUAACAGACCCACUGUCAAUGAGGAUCCAAACGUUCGUUUGAUUCGUGAACUUCGGGCUGAGAUUGUUCGUCUUCGUACUUUAUUAGGAGGCAACAUUGAUAAUAUUUCUUCUCCUAAGGUUCAAGAAAAACUUCAUGAAAAUGAAGCUCGGGUGAAAGUAUUGACUGAUGAAUGGACAGGAAAGUGGAAAGAAGCCGCCUGCAUCCUGGAGGAACAGUCAACUCUUGCUCUGAGAAAAGAAGGCCUCGGUGUAGUUUUAGAUUCAGAGUUGCCUCAUCUUAUUGGGAUCGAUGAUGACAUUCUUAGCACGGGAAUAAUGCUUUAUCAUUUAAAGGCAGGUAAAACAACAAUUGGCAGAGGAGAUGCUGAAGUGCCUCAGGAUAUUGUGCUGGCCGGAGUUGAGGUUCAACCUGAACAUUGUGUAAUAGAGAAUGAAGAUGGCAUUGUAACUCUCUAUCCAAUAAACAAUGCUCUGUGUACAAUCAAUGCUGUAAACAUCCAAGGCUCAGCCAAAUUGACUCAGGGUGCUGUUAUUCUACUGGGUAAAACCAAUAUGUUUCGGUUCAACCAUCCUGCCGAGGCUGCAAAGAUGCGAGAAGAAUUAAAGAGUUGCAAUCUGAACUUCUCUCAGAUAUCUCUCCUGAGUCAGUCAAUGACUGAUCUAUACCGAUCAACUGACAGUCUUAACAUGGGAGCUGAUUUUGAAACAAUGCAUCGCCAGGAACUCGAAAUGUUGGAAGAGAAGAGACAGCAAAUUGAAAGCAUGGAGGAGAAACACCGUCAGGCAGAGAUGGAACGAAUCCAGAAACAGGCACAGCUGGAAGAAGAAUUAGAAGAACGAAGAACACAACUGGAUCUGAUGCAAGAAGAAAUGGAGAAGACAAAAAGCGAAACCAAGAAAGUUCAGCUUAUGAUGAAAGAAGAGCAAGCCAAACUGAAACGGAAAAGUCAAGAAAUAGAGAAGCAGUUUAAAGAUUAUAUGCAAGAGAAAGAGAAAUUCCAGCAGGAGAAGGAGCUAGAAAGGGUUAAAAGACAGAAGGAAACGGAAGAAGAAAUUGCAAAAAGGCUUCUGGACAAGAAUUCAAGUUACUGCCAAGAAGUAGAACUACAGCUAAAACAGUUGGCAGAGGAGGAACUUGUUCAUAUCAACAAUCUACAGAAGAAAAAAGAAGCUUUGCAGCAGGAAGUAUCAAAUUUGGACAAGCAACGUGAGAAGCAAAUACAAUUGGAAAAAGACAUUGAAAAUAUCGAGAAGCUAAAAUUAACCAAAGAAAAUUUGCUUGAAGCAAUGAAGCAACAAUUUGAACAACAAAAGAUUGACCUUGAAGACCAGAAACAACAGAUGAGACUUGAUCUGAAAGGUGACAGGAGCAUAAUUGAGGGCCUGACUUACGAACUACGUCAAGCUGAACUUAAGCUCAAUGAAGUUGGCCUGAUAAAUGACCAGUGGUUGGAAGAGCAAGGGGAUGAAUUUAAGACCAAGUGGAGCCAAGUGGAAAGCAAAGAAAAUGAACUUAUCAAAGACUAUGAGAAGGUGCAGGCAGAACUGAAGGGAAAAUAUGCCACAUUUAGGGAGGACAUACAGGCAGAAAAAGAGCAAAUUGAGGGCGCUUGGGUUGAACUUCGGAAGAUGCAACAUGACAAAGAGAGGGAGUUCAACUGCUGCAGGAAUGACAAAGAGAAGAAAAAUUUGAAGGCGGAGUUGGACAACAUGAAAGAAGCUGAGAAGGAGUUACAAGCUCAUGAAGAUGACCUCGCUGUGGCUGAGCGGGGAAACGAACGCAGGAAGGUGGAUGAAGAGGAGCAGUUGAAGAAGCACUUUCUAGAAGAGCAAGAGAGAUUCACGCAAGAGAAGAACAAGCUGAAGAACGAGGCUAUGAAAAAAAUGGAGAGGGAUGUCCACGAGAAGACCCUGGUGCUUGAGGAGCGUGAGAACUCCAUUAAGAUGCAAGAGAAAAUUCUGCAAGACAUGGAGGCAAAAAUUAAGACAACCACAGAGCAGUUACAAGAUGAGACAAGAAACCUGGAAGAAAAGCGUAAGCAUUUGGUUGAUGUCUGGGAAAAAGAGGAUGCUGACCUUCGAACAGCAUCCAUUGAACUGAACAAGAAACAAUCAGAUGCUGAAAAGGCAGCCAAUGAUGAAAUAGAAAGGAUUGCUGAAGAAAGAAAAAGACUUUUGACACUCCUUGAAAAUUCAAGUACAACUGGUCAUUAUGAAAGUAUUUCUGCUCCUCCCCUCUCGGUAGAACUGAAUGGGCAAAUUCAUGAAGUUCCUCGAAGACCUUCAUCAAGAUCAAGUGAUGCAGACUCUUUUGUUGAAGAAAAAAUCCAGGCUCUGCAAGAUUUGCAACAACAAUACCAAUCAGCCCAAGUACAGCUGGAAGAAAAAAUGCGAUCUUUUGAAGAUGAACGAGAUGCAGAAUUGGAAAAAAUUGAGUAUGAAAAAUACAAACUCCAAGAACUGGAAAACCAGGAAAGAAUCAAUGCUUUAGUGGAACAGGAAGUGAAGAGGCGUCUUUUUGAAGAGAAAGUUGAGCGUGAAAAGCAAAGACGUAUUGAAAAGGAACAAGAAAAGAAAGAACGAGAUGAAGAAAUCUCUCGGAUACGGAUGAUGCACAGUCGUGAGUUGAAGCACCUUAAAGCUAAAUAUGAACGAAAUGAUGGCCCGCUUCCUUCAGCUGUGACUCCCACCAGAUCCAAUCCUUACGCAACUGUCAUGUCUCCAGAUGCAUUUACUCCAAGUUCCAACAUGGAACUUAGAAGGAACAAAUAUCCAUCAUCACCUGACAUCUAUACUGGCCACAACUCAAAACAAAGUGCCAUACAUGUGUACAUUCCGACAUUUAUGCUGAGGGGCUACAAUUCCGAUACUCAUUAUGAGUAUGAAGUCAAGAUUGUUAUUGGAGAUGAAAACUGGUCAGUGUUUCGUCGAUACAGUCGAUUCAGACAACUGCACACAGAUAUGAAGAUUCGUUAUGCUGAGGUUGUAUCAUUGAUGUUCCCACCCAAGAAGCUGUUCAGUCGAUCGGAAAAGGUUGUCUCAGAAAGACGGUAUCAACUGGAAAUUUAUCUGCGGAAACUGUUGGAAAUUUUGAUGCAUAUUCCAUCUUGUCCGCUCAACCCAUCGAACAAUGACUUCCUCUCUAAACAGACCCUCUGUGACUUUGAUCCCUUCUUCAAGAAAGGAUUAUUUGAAGCAACCAAACAUGGAACAUCAUAA